CUUCCUUCAGGGGGUCGAGGAGGGGCUCUAAUAUCGAAGUCCCGAGCACAAGCUUGAGGUGGAGGGCGCCGUAGGUGGAUUCACUAAAAGGGUGACCGCUAGAUUAGUCCCGCCCAUUAUAUCAAUGUUAUCUAAGCGUGCGGCGCCCUUGGCCCGCUGUGGUGAUGGUUUAUGUAGUCUGGGGGGCCGUACACCUGCAGGAGGGCCGCGCCGUGGUGUAGACACCCAUACCAGCCCAUCUCACUUAGGUGCCGACCCGAAGUGAUUUGUGUCGACCUUCAGCGACUGCCAUCGACCUAGAGAGAGCCAGGGUGUCUCCUGGCAGCCUGACUACUGGUGACCUGCAAUAUCCUACCAUGAUUUUAACCAAACACCUGCCCUGCUUCCUCCUCUAUUUAGCUGGUGCUAGAGGUGGCGGGAUGGGCGAGACCAGCACCACCGCCUGGGCCUCCUUCAACACCCACGACGUGACGCUGGAGGGCCACCAACGCCACAAUACUACUGUGUCCCUCAUCAUCAGUGGAACCCUGAAGGAGUGCUUGAACGUAAGCUUCACGUACGAUCCGGAGCACCCCAGCAUAGAGCCCCUGGACGGCUUCCCCGUGUGCCCGCCUCUCUUGAUGGCCAACUGCGACUUCCCCGGACACCGUCUAGCGCCCGGCCGCGGACCGGACAAUGAUCUACGGUUGACCAACUUACCCGCUCACAGCACCUUACAGGAUCCCCUGAGGAUGCGCUCAUCACGGACACACCUGUGGGUGCUGCUUAGAGGGUACCUGCGGGAGGAGAAGCGGCAGGCGAGAAGCCCAUCGCUUCGUCAGGAGCCGGACACUGUGGUAGUGAAUGUGACGCUCUGCAGUCGUUGGGUCGGUAAGACCGUCCUCGCUCUUGAAGCCGACGGUCCCGAGCUAGAUGUAAGUGAUGCCUUCAUACGGGUGUCUGUGCUCCACUACCCGGGGCUGCAAGUGCUGAGUGAGGUGCUAGGCUGGACCUACACCAUCAUCUGGGACGUCUCCUUCCUGCCGCAGAUGUGGCUCAACUGGAGAAGAAAAAGUGUGGAAGGUCUUAGCAUGGACAAUGUUGUCCUCAACCUUGUCGCGUUCAUGUACUACAUGUUCUUCAACGUGGGUCUCUACGCCAUCCCUCUCCUCCAGGGUCAGUUUAGCGAGCGGUACCCAAGGGAGGUGAACCACGUCCGGCUCAAUGAUGUGGUCUUUGCUGCGUAUGCCUUCGGUACGGAGCUUCUCCUCGCUCUGCAGUGUGUCUUGUAUAAGCGUGGGGCCGGGCAGGCGGUGUCCUGGCCGUGUAGAGCCCUGGUGACGGCGGCCCUGGGGGCGGUGGCCACCACCUGCGUCCUGGCCGGCCUGGGAGUCGUCUGGUGGCUUGACGUCUUCUACCUCAUGUCCUACCUCAAGCUUGGCCUCACCCCGCUCAAGUACACACCUCAGGCGUAUGUGAACUACAAGAGGAAGAGUACAAUAGGCUUCAGUAUCGCUAGCGUGCUGAUGGACCUGGCUGGUGGUGUCCUGUCUCUAGCACAGAUGUUUAUCCUUGCUGCCAACAUUGAUGAUUGGGUCUCUAUAUUUACCGACUUCAGCAAAUUUGGCCUUGGAGUAAUAUCUAUAAUAUUUGAUCUAAUCUUUUUGAGUCAACACUACUACUACCACUACCACUUAGGGUAAGUGUUUUCUGGGAAGGUCACCCUCAGUACCUUCCCAAGCUGGUUUGGUGUUUCGGUGAGCAGAACGUAUGAAUUGGUGCUACUUUAGCAUGAAGGAGUUAGGUGAUCCACGUCAGGGAAGGCUUACAAUUCCAGUUGGGCAGCAGAUAGGUGUCUCUGGAAUCCUUUGUAAAGGGUAUUGGUGAUUCAGUACAGUAUGUAGAGCUACGAGCUAUGGUUCAUGUGGUUGGCGGUUCAGAAAAAUUUCCGUAACAACUUACACAAAUCGUUACAAUAGUGACUGAAACAAACACGGGGGUUACAUCAGUCUAAAUCAAACUGUACAUUUUGGUUUAAAGUGAGUAAUAUUUAACUUAUACAGUACUAGUAAUUUGGAAGAUAAAAGGUUUUUCAUCAGAGCAGUGACAAAUAUUGCUACAUUUACAUUACAAAAGUAGGACGAUGAGAAUACAAUUUAAAGGACUAAUAAAAACUAAUCAAUGAAUUUAUAUAA